AUGGUUUUGAAGUCUACUUCUGCAAAUGAUGUUUCAGUGUAUCAAGUUUCUGGUACAAACGUAUCAAGAUCGCUUCCUGACUGGAUUGCGAAAAAGCGUAAAAGGCAAUUGAAGAAUGAUUUAGAAUAUCAAAAUAGAGUGGAACUAAUUCAAGACUUUGAAUUUAGCGAAGCCUCCAAUAAGAUUAAAGUGAGUAGAGACGGACAAUAUUGCAUGGCUACCGGUACAUACAAACCCCAAAUCCAUGUCUAUGACUUUGCCAACUUAUCACUGAAAUUCGAUAGACACACAGAUGCUGAGAACGUUGAUUUCACUAUUAUUUCUGACGACUGGACUAAAAGUGUACAUUUGCAAAAUGAUAGAAGCAUUCAAUUUCAAAACAAAGGCGGUUUACAUUACACAACAAGAAUUCCCAAGUUCGGGAGAAGUUUGGUUUACAAUAAGGUGAAUUGUGAUUUAUACGUUGGUGCCAGCGGUAAUGAGUUAUACAGAUUGAAUUUGGAAAAAGGGAGAUUUUUAAAUCCAUUUAAGUUGGAUACUGAAGGUGUGAACCAUGUUUCUAUGAAUGAAGUGAAUGGAUUAUUAGCGGCAGGUACGGAAACCAAUGUAGUGGAAUUCUGGGAUCCGAGGUCACGUUCUCGUGUUUCCAAGCUAUAUUUAGAGAAUAAUAUCGACAACAGAUCAUUCCAGGUCACUACAACUAGUUUCCGUAACGAUGGGUUAACCUUUGCUUGUGGUACAUCGAAUGGUUAUUCAUACCUCUAUGACCUGCGUACUUCUGAACCUUCCAUGAUUAAAGACCAAGGUUAUGGAUUUGGCAUUAAGAAAAUUAUCUGGUUGGAUGAUGUCGGUACGGAAAAUAAGAUUGUUACAUGUGACAAGAGAAUUGCUAAGAUAUGGGAUAGAUUAGAUGGUAAAGCAUACGCUUCUAUGGAGCCAAGUGUUGAUAUUAACGAUAUUGAACAUGUACCAGGUACAGGUAUGUUUUUCACUGCUAACGAAAGUAUCCCCAUGCAUACAUAUUAUAUUCCAAGUUUAGGACCAUCUCCGCGCUGGUGCUCAUUCUUGGAUUCUAUUACAGAAGAAUUAGAAGAGAAACCAAGUGACACUGUUUACUCCAACUACAGGUUUAUUACUAGAGAGGAUGUUAAGAAAUUGAACUUAACGCAUUUGGUUGGAUCCAGCGUAUUAAGAGCAUACAUGCAUGGUUUCUUUAUUAACACUGAACUUUACGAUAAGGUUUCAUUAAUUGCUAAUCCAGAUGCCUACAAAGAUGAGAGAGAAAGAGAAAUUAGGCGUAGAAUUGAAAAAGAAAGAGAAUCCAGGAUUAGAAGUUCAGGAGCUGUCCAAAAACCUAAAGUUAAAGUCAACAAAACGCUGGUUGAUAAAUUGUCUCAAAAACGUGGUGAUAAAGUUGCAGGAAAAGUUCUUACGGAUGACCGUUUCAAAGAAAUGUUCGAGGAUGAAGAAUUUCAGGUUGAUGAAGACGAUUAUGAUUUCAAACAAUUGAAUCCGGUCAAAUCCAUCAAAGAAACCGAAGAAGGUGCUGCUAAACGUAUUAGAGCACUGACUGCUGCCGAAGAAUCCGACGAAGAAAGAAUCGCGAUGAAGGAUGGCAGAGGUCACUAUGACUUCGAGGAUGAAGAGUCUGCUGAAGAAGAAGCUGAUGAUGAAACAAAUCAGAAGUCAAAUAGGGAAGAAUUGAGUGAAAAGGAUUUGAGGAGGAUAGAAAAGCAAAAGGCACUAAUAGAACGGAGGAAGAAGGAGAAGGAGCAAAGCGAACAAUUUAUGAACGAAAUGAAAGCUGGCAGUUCCACGGGUACGGAAAGAGACGAAAGUGCUCGCGUUACGUUUGGCGAUAAAGUGGGCGAGUUGCUUGAGGUGGAAAAUGGAAAGAAAUCGAAUGACUCCAUUUUACGUCGUAACCAACGCGGUGAAGCAGAACUUACUUUUAUUCCUCAGAGAAAAAGUAAAAAGGACGGAAACUCUAAGCCCAGGCGUCAUGAUAGUUCAUCGGAUGAAGAAGAUGUUGACGGAAAUGCUAAUAGGAAGGAUAACGGUAGGUCGAAACCCAGAUUCGACAACAGAAGAAGAGCCAGCAAAAAUGCGUUCCGUGGUAUGUAG